AUGACAGAUUAUGAUUUGGAGUUCAUAUAUCAUGAGGGACGAGCAAAUUUACUAGUCGAUGUGUUGAGUAGGAAGUCCAAACACUCGUUGUCCGCCUUGGACAGAGUUGAAGAGUUGCAUCGGGAUUUUGUGAGGAUGAAUUUGGAAGUGUUGAAGGAACAAGCUCCGGAAAGAAAAGCGGAGGGAUUCUUUGUUCAUGAAGAUGGGAGCUUGAGGUUCAAUGGUCGCUGGAUGAAGAAAGAUAUUGCGGAUUAUGUCUCGCGCUGUUUGACUUGUCAAAAGGUUAUAAGUGAGCAUAAAAGACCAGGAGGUUUACUGCAACAUUUGGAGAUACCGGUAUGGAAGUGGGAUGAUAUCUCUAUGGAUUUUAUUGUGGGUUUAUUCCGGACGAAGGCAGGAAAUGAUACGUUAUGGAGAUACACGGUAUUUGUCACAAUUUUGGCAAACCUUGCAACAGGCAAUAGGCACUACGUUGCUUUAUAG